AUGUCUGCCAAAUCCAUCCUCGAAGCCGACGGCAAGGCCAUCCUCAACUACCACCUCACUCGAGCUCCUGUCAUCAAGCCCUCGCCUCUGCCAAAACCAUCAACACACAACCCUCCUCCAAAGCUCGCCUCGCUCUACUUCCCUGAGGAUGCUGAGGUUUCUGCCAUUCUCGACCAGGCCGAGGUCACAUAUCCAUGGCUCCUCGCUCCCGGUGCGAAGUUCGUUGCGAAGCCCGAUCAACUCAUCAAGCGACGAGGCAAGAGCGGUCUCCUUGCCUUGAACAAGACAUGGCCAGAGGCGAAGGCCUGGAUUGCUGCGCGAGCUGGCAAGCCUCAGAAGGUGGAGACUGUUGUCGGUGUUCUGAGACAAUUCUUGGUCGAGCCAUUCGUGCCUCACCCAGAGGGAACCGAAUAUUAUAUCAACAUCAACUCCCAAAGAGAGGGUGAUUGGAUUCUCUUUACACAUGAGGGAGGUGUCGAUGUUGGCGAUGUCGAUGCGAAAGCCGAAAAGCUUCUGGUCCCAGUCGAUCUUGCGGAAUACCCAUCCAACCAAGAGAUCGCCUCAACUCUCCUGAAGAAGGUUCCUAAGGGCGUUCAUAAUGUCCUCGUGGACUUCAUCACGAGACUCUACGCUGUCUACGUUGACUGCCAGUUCACAUACCUCGAGAUCAACCCCUUAGUGGUUAUCCCCAACGCUGACGCUACGUCUGCUGAUGUCCACUUCCUGGAUCUGGCUGCCAAGCUUGACCAGACGGCUGAGUUCGAGUGUGGUGUUAAGUGGGCAGUCGCACGCUCACCUGCUGCUCUCGGCAUGGCCGCUGUCAAGAACAAUGAUGGCAAGGUCAACAUCGAUGCUGGCCCACCUAUGGAGUUCCCGGCUCCUUUCGGUCGCGAGCUGAGCAAAGAAGAGGCCUACAUUGCUGAACUCGAUGCCAAGACUGGUGCUUCGCUCAAGCUGACCAUCCUGAACCCCAACGGCCGUGUAUGGACCUUGGUUGCCGGUGGUGGUGCCUCAGUCGUGUAUGCCGAUGCCAUUGCCAGCAGUGGUUUCGCCGACGAGCUUGCCAACUAUGGUGAGUACUCUGGUGCUCCCACGGAGACCCAGACCUUCCACUAUGCCCGUACCGUCCUGGACCUCAUGCUCCGCUCUCCCAUCCGGCCCGAGGGCAAGGUCCUGUUCAUCGGUGGUGGUAUUGCCAACUUCACCAACGUCGCUUCCACCUUCAAGGGAGUCAUUCGAGCUCUGCGUGAGUUCAGCGGUCAAUUGAUCGAGCACAAGGUCCAGAUCUGGAACAUCAAGUCCGUGGGACAAGAGUUGAAGCUGGACAUGCACGUGUAUGGUCCCGAGAUGCACGUCAGUGGGAUUGUUCCUCUGGCCCUCAUCCCCGGCCGCUUGGCGGCAAGCAAGGUGGAGGAGUUCAAGGGUUAA